AUGGCAUUGGAGUUCCCGGGCUUGCAGCCGCCGCCGCCGCCUCAUCCACGCACCCCGAGCGCCCCUUCUUCCCGGAGCAGCAGCGGAGAAGGCGAAGCGGCCGGCGGGGGCGAGGCAGAUGGGGCUCAAGGCGCGCAGGGCGGCGGGGGCGGCUGGCGGCGGCGGCGACGGGGGCGGCGGCGGCGGGGCCGCUAACCCGGCCGGAGGGGACGCGGCGGUGGCCGGCGACGAGGAGCGGAAAGUGGGGCUGGCGCCGGGCGACGUGGAGCAAGUCACCUUGGCGCUCGGGGCCGGAGCUGACAAAGACGGGACUCUGCUGCUGGAGGGCGGCGGCCGCGACGAGGGGCUGCGGAGGACCCCGCAGGGCAUCGGGCUCCUGGCCAAGACCCCCCUGAGCCGCCCUGUGAAGAGGAACAACGCCAAGUACCGGCGCGUCCAAACUUUGAUCUACGACGCCCUCGAGAGACCGCGGGGCUGGGCGCUGCUCUACCACGCGCUCGUGUUCCUCAUUGUCCUGGGAUGCUUGAUUCUGGCCGUGCUGACCACGUUCAGGGAGUACGAGACUGUUUCGGGAGACUGGCUGCUAUUACUGGAAACAUUUGCUAUUUUCAUCUUUGGAGCCGAGUUUGCUUUGAGGAUCUGGGCUGCCGGAUGUUGCUGCCGCUAUAAAGGCUGGCGGGGAAGGCUCAAGUUUGCCAGGAAGCCCCUGUGCAUGCUCGACAUCUUCGUGCUGAUCGCCUCUGUGCCGGUGGUUGCCGUGGGAAACCAGGGCAAUGUGCUGGCCACCUCCCUGCGCAGCCUGCGCUUCCUGCAGAUCCUGCGCAUGCUGCGGAUGGACCGCAGGGGCGGCACGUGGAAGCUCCUGGGCUCGGCCAUCUGCGCCCACAGCAAAGAGCUCAUCACUGCCUGGUACAUUGGGUUCCUGACGCUCAUCCUUUCUUCAUUUCUUGUCUACUUGGUUGAGAAAGAUGUGCCAGAGGUUGAUGCACAAGGAGAAGAGGUGAAGGAGGAAUUUGAGACCUAUGCAGAUGCCCUUUGGUGGGGCCUGAUCACACUGGCCACCAUCGGCUAUGGAGACAAGACGCCCAAAACGUGGGAAGGCCGCCUGAUUGCGGCCACCUUCUCCUUAAUUGGUGUCUCCUUUUUUGCCCUCCCAGCCGGCAUCCUGGGGUCAGGACUAGCACUCAAGGUACAGGAACAACACCGGCAGAAGCACUUUGAGAAAAGGAGGAAGCCGGCCGCUGAACUCAUUCAGGCUGCCUGGAGGUAUUAUGCUACCAACCCCAACAGGAUUGAUCUCGUGGCGACAUGGAGGUUCUAUGAAUCGGUCGUCUCUUUUCCGUUCUUCAGGAAAGACCAGCUGGAGGCAGCAUCCAGCCAAAAGCUGGGUCUCUUGGAUCGGGUUCGCCUUUCUAAUCCUCGUGGUAGCAAUACUAAAGGAAAGCUAUUUACCCCUCUGAAUGUAGAUGCCAUAGAAGAAAGUCCUUCUAAAGAACCAAAGCCUGUGGGCUUAAACAAUAAAGAACGUUUCCGCACCGCCUUCCGCAUGAAAGCCUACGCUUUCUGGCAGAGCUCCGAAGAUGCUGGGACAGGUGAUCCCAUGGCGGAAGACAGGGCCUACGGGAAUGACUUCCUCAUCGAAGAGAUGAUCCCCACCCUGAAGGCCGCCAUCCGAGCCGUCAGAAUUCUACAAUUCCGUCUCUAUAAAAAAAAAUUUAAGGAGACUUUGAGGCCUUACGACGUGAAGGAUGUGAUUGAGCAGUAUUCUGCAGGACAUCUCGACAUGCUUUCCAGGAUAAAGUACCUUCAGACCAGAAUAGACAUGAUUUUCACCCCUGGACCUCCAUCUACCCCAAAACAUAAGAAGUCUCAGAGAGGGGCAGCGUUCACCUACCCAUCCCAGCAGUCUCCCAGGAAUGAACCAUAUGUAGCCAGAGCAUCCACAUCUGAAACUGAAGACCAAAGCAUGAUGGGGAAGUUCGUGAAAGUCGAAAGACAGGUUCACGACAUGGGGAAGAAACUGGACUUCCUGGUGGAUAUGCACCUGCAGCACAUGGAAAGGCUGCAGGUGCACGUCACGGAAUACUACCUGACCAAGGGGACCUCCUCGCCCGCAGAGGUGGAGAAGCUAGAGGACAACAGAGAUUCGGAUCUAAAAACCAUCAUCUGCAACUAUUCCGAGACGGGCCCCCCCGAGGCCCCUUACAGCUUCCACCAGCUGCCCCUCGACAAAGUCGGCCCCUAUGGGUUUUUUGCCCACGACCCAGUGAACCUGCCCCGAGGAGGACCCAGUUCUGGAAAGGUUCAAGCAACGCUUUCCACCUCAGCAGCGACAUACGCGGAAAGGCCCACUGUCCUGCCGAUCUUGACUCUUCUCGACUCCCGAGUGAGCUACCACUCCCAGGCUGAACUGCACGGCCCCUGCUCGGACCGGGUCUCCCCCCGUCAGAGACGGAGCAUCACGCGGGACAGUGACACGCCUCUGUCCCUGAUGUCGGUCAAUCAUGAGGAGCUGGAGCGGUCUCCAAGUGGCUUCAGCAUCUCCCAAGACAGAGACGAUUACAUGUUUGGCCCGAGUGGGGGGUCGAGCUGGAUGAGGGAGAAACGUUACCUCGCCGAGGGUGAGACAGACACGGAUACGGACCCCUUCACCCCCAGUGGCUCCAUACCUCUGUCAUCCACAGGGGACGGGAUUUCUGAUUCAAUAUGGACCCCUCCCAACAAGCCCAUCUAGAAGGGGUCGUGGGCUGAGUCCUCCUUGUAAUGUAGACAGACUUUGUAUAGGUCACUUGCUCUCACACCUGACACUUGACCGUGAGAUCACCAGUGGCUGCAUCAAACACAUGCAUGUGUGUGGCGGCCCCCCACCCGGGCAGGGGCUUUUCAUGGCCUUCCUCCUCCCCAGGUCACCACAGUGAAGCCGCUUCCUUUUAAGCAUGGUUUGCAUGACUUUACAAUAUAUAAAUGGUACCGCUAAUCUCUUCUAGGAUACACAUUUAUCUGCUGUUCUUACUUUAAAUCAUGAUUGGACCAGGACGGGGAGAAAUUAUUGAUGAGCUGUGCUAUCUGUCCGUUUGGUUGGCUGCUUUGGGUUUUGGUUUGGUAAGCAGGGAAUGUAGUUGAAGUUCUUUCUCGAACCACUGCCC